ACAUAUUUUAUAAUAUUUCACAUGUAAAUUAAGUGUCAUGGCAAAUUUGUGGUAUUUUCUACUUAGUACUUCAUUUGUAAUAAGUACUGUGAAUAAAUGUAUAUUAGCAAACCCCGCACCAUGUCGUACAUUUAAGGAGUACGUUGACUACUUUUUUGAAGACGAUGAUGUCGAAGUUGAAUUUUUCAAGUAUACCAUAGGACAUAAUAACGUGAAAAAUCUAAAAUUUGAUCCGGCAAAAAGAACUACUAUAAUUGUACAUGGAUUUAUGAACACCCAUAAAAAUGAUUGGAUUAGAAAAAUGAGGCAGAAGCUACUUCAAUGGCAAGACAUGAACGUUAUUGUUGUCGAUUGGUCUAGCGUUUUUUUGGAAGACUCGUUUGCUUAUUACAAAGAAGCUGCAAGAAAAACUGAGUUCGUCGCUGAUGAAAUUUACAAUUUCUUGAUAAAUUGGGCAAAAAAGAACAAGAAAACUCCGAUUCAAUGGCCUUAUUUGCAUUUGAUUGGGCACAGUCUUGGGGCACAUAUCGUUGGUCAAGUUGCAAAAAAAUUGAAACCUCAUGUACACGUAGAUCGAGUGACUGCGUUAGAUCCAGCUAAACCUUUUUUCAUAGAAGGUGCAGAAGGUGCAGAUUUAAAACUUGACAAAUCUUGUGCUCAAUUUGUGGAUGUUAUCCAUACUAACAGUCAUCCAAGAGAUGACACUUUUGGACUUUACGAACCUCUAGGUCACAUUGAUUUUUAUCCAAAUGGUGGUGAUCAACAAUGGCUGUGUUCUAAUGACCGAGAGGGUAGAACAUUAUCUAAAGAUUCAGUAUUUAUCAAAUGUUUUUCUCACUUGUUUUUAGGAAUGGAUUUGAGUCAGUUGUACGGUAACAUAACUUCACGUUUCUUGAAUGGCCAUAAUAUGGUUUGUGAUCAUAAUAUUUGUCCAGAAUAUUUCACUGAUUCUAUCAAUAGCAAAGAGCCUUUGUAUGCAUAUAAAGUGAAUCCACCAAUUCGAAAGAAAAAGAAUCGAUGCAGUAAUACGAAUCGCAAAAAAGGUACAUGGGUGGAAAUGGGUAUGAACGCUUAUUUGUACAACAAUUCUCGCUAUCAUGGAACCUAUUACAUCGACAUCCCAUGUUAAAAUAACUAUGCUAUAAAUUAUAAGAAAUAAAAUAUAUAAGCUGCAA